AUGCAGGAAAUAUUAAAUUUAUCCUUAUCUCACAGAUCAAAUCAUUUAAUCACCCAGUUUUAUAAUAUACAGGAAAGUUUAUUACAAUUAAAUACUGGCCUUGUAGGGAGCAAAAAAUCUUUGAAGAAUGACCCUAAAGUCUUUUUAAAUUGCGAUAUCAUUGGUGGCCCUACAAAAUAUUUAAAUUAUACUCCUAGGUGUAUAUUGUGGGAUGCUAAAUACGGUAAUGGUUCAUUAAGUAAAUAUGAAUACACAGAGAAAAAUAAUCAUCAAACUGAUGAUAACGUUCAGGUUAUUUACACCAGCAGUGAAAUUAAAAAAUCAGAAUAUAUGGAGAAAUUAGACCUAGGCGUUAGCACAGAAAAAGUGCCUAUAGAUCAAUCACACAAUACCAAAUAUUGGACUGAUUAUAAUAAAUUGAUUUACUCACCCAAUUCUUUUGUUUUUUUAAAAAACUGGUAUCAUAACGAUGACGGUAGUACUAAUGCUAUUCCAAUUAGAAAAAAUGAACUGAUUGGAAAUGAAAAAAAUAAUUCCCAACAAUUUAACAAUCCACAAUUUGGAACUACAGAAUAUGAUUUAAAUAAAGAAGAGUUGUGGGAUAAUUCUCUACACUAUUUUCUAGAGAGUAGUGAUAAUUUACAAGGCAUCAAUUUGAUAUCUGAUGUAAGUACGGGAUGGGGCGGUAUAUUAACAAGUUUAUAUCCAGAUUUAAAGGAUGAAUUGCCUAAAAUUAAUAUUUUCACAUGGACUAAUCAAUCUAUACAUAAUACCAACGUCUACAAUGAGAUUGAAAAUUAUUUAGACGUUAUAGAAUAUUCAAAUCUAGUUUUCCCAUUAUAUUAUAACAACAAUACUAACAUUUGGAAAAGUUCUAGUUCACAAGCAUUGAUUUUUCAAACUAUUAAUAGCCUAUUUGAUGAUAAGUCAAAUGCGAUAUCUUGUCAGGAUUUACUAUAUUCUUUAAAUGACGGAAUAUAUGAUAAAAGAAAUUUGGUAAGUUCCAUCAAGUGUAAUGUUGAUAAUGUUCAAAAUAAAAGCAAUGUUAAAGAUUAUUCUUAUGUUUCCUAUAUUAGUAAUAACAGUACUAUCGAUAAUGCCAAAAUAUUCAAUGAAGUUGCUAUUAUUAGGGAUGACUCUAGCGACAGUAACGUAGAUACGAAUUAUACACCUGAUCGUCAUAAACACGUUUAUAAAACCUACCAAUUAGACUAUAAUAAUUUAGAUACUAUAGAUAACUCUGCGGAUAUUACCAAAAUAAACUCUUUGACUUUACAAAUUGAUAAUAAGCCAAAAAAAAUAUUCAAAAAUUGGUAUAAAAUUAUAGACAAAACCAAUACUAAAAUACUUCAGCUUCAUAUUGGUUCCAAUAAUGGCUCUAAAGAUGAUUUCAAAAAUGAUAUUGCUAAUCUAAUCGAAGCUUACCAAUCUACUGGUUAUUAUGAUAUCCAUAGUGAUGAUAGUGAUUAUGAUAGUGAUUAUUAUUAA